CAAGGGCGGGCAUUGCAAAACGUAGUACGAGUUUCGGAAGGUGGUGUUGCGUGACGAAGAUAUGGUCUAGAAACGAUAAGGGUGGAUACAGGGCUCCACAAGGGUCCAUGGUACUGGUACCAGAUCACACUGCUCUCAUGCCAUCAUCAGUCUUUGAGGCCGAUAUGAAUUGUUCCAUAAUGGCACGAUGAAGGCGGGGCUGAGAAAGACAUUACGAGGGGAUGCAAUGCAGAUUCGGCACUUGGGGGAGUGAGGGUGAGUUUCCCAGACCCUUUCAUUCAGUUUCUGAACAUCCUCAGAUCGAGCUACGUAUCCACAGCAGCCGUCCUAGGUCCAGUCUGUAUGCUAUCCGUGAUGCGUUCAUCCCGAGCCAUAUCAGUUCCGUACACCCUCAUAAGCAGCGGCUCGCCAGUUUCUGCUCAUUUAAAAGCCUUGAGGCCGUGAAAGAAAUGCCAACCCAUUCCGAGGCACCCGCUGAAGAAAAGUACAUUCUUCUGGUACAUAGACCCAGGGACCAUAGAAAGGAAAGUCUCGCAAUAAAGCCACCCGUGCUGAAACGCCGAUACCCGCUCGCCGUGCCUCAGCGGCGGGGUUACUCCGUGAUAAGCAUAAAGGCAGAGAGCAGCUGCAUUCCUCGCCGAAGAAACCGAUAUGCCGAAAGGCUUAAAGAAAGUGUUUAAAUCCAAAGCCGGCGCGGUGAAAAGCGUCAUUCUUUGGCGUCCGCGCAAAGCCGAAUACUGAAGGAAAAUGCUGCCGUUAGGUUGCCGUAGUCGUAGCCUCAGUUUCGCGGGGCUCGUGUCGGGAAAGUCGAUAAGAGUCCGGUAUAGAGUCCAGUAACACAAUCAUAGCGUUCGUUCCGUUCUCGCUCCUUAAAACCGUCU